CAUCAUUGAUGAUGCCUUGGGGCUAGAUGUCGUGAAUCAAGUAGUAAUCAUCGUGAAGAAAGAGACCUGGAAGAGUGCCAGAGCCAGAAUAGGAACAUCGCCGCCGAGCUGAAGGAGUUGAAGGAAAAAAUGACGAUGGGGCAGACAAGUGCACCGCAGCCCUCGCCCAACCCAUGGUACUCGCCUGACACUGCCACACGCCUCUCCAUGUCUCGAAGCAAGUCAAGUCUAAGCAUGGGAACUCCUCCACCAGAGGCUCCUCAUCAUUCCCACGGAAAACCAGAGACCAUUUUCCUGAACCGAAACCGCGAGCGAUUGGACAUAGAGGCUAUUAAACAUGGCCGGAACUGGGAUGACACUACAAAAGAACGUUAUAACUACGUCAAGGGUCUGAACCUGUGUCGAUUUUACUUUCUCGAUCCACGUGGCUGCCGCAAUCCGAAUUGUGAAUUUAAACACCAGAAGGAUUACUCGGCGUCGGAUAAUGAGCUAUUUAUGCUUCGGAUGUUGACUCGUAAUAAGCCAUGCGAAAACGGCACCCAGUGCACUAAUAAAGAUUGUUUGUUUGGUCACCAUUGUCUUGAGAAGGAAUAUCCUUGCCGCUUCUCACGCAAUGGCAAGUGCGGAUUUCCAGAGUUUAUGCACAUAAGGGAUUUUGAGCCGGUCAGUACAAUGGUCUGAGGGAGGUGGUUUGGUCCUAAGGGGAUGGACAGAGAGGAUGAUGUUUCUUCUCCUACAGUGGUCCCUAGGUAUUGCUUUCCGUAUUCUGUUUAUAUUUAUUCACACUAUGAUUGUAUCACUGGUAGAAUGCGAC